GGAUUUUACCUCCAGCUGUAGAGUAGCCAUUUUUAUUAGCAUAGUGUAUAGUACAUAACAAUUUACGACGCUUUCUGCAUUAAAAAAUGCCACGAAAAAAAUCUGAAGAGUUUUACAAGACUCAUGGGUUCACGGCGAAUUUUGAAAAUGGCAAAUAUUCGGCCACCUGUCAUAAUUGCGACCGGGUGCUCCAAAAUACAGCGCUUUCCCGCCUAUCAUUACAUAGGCAGACCUGCGAUUCUAGGCGAAGUAGAUGUCCUGUAACAUACCAUACGGACAUGAACAAGGAUCAAGAGGAAGAGGGUCCCCGGAUCAAGAUCCAGAAAAUUUCGGGCGACGAAGAUGACGGCGGCUUGGAAAAUGCUGGCGAGGGCAAAGAGAUAAUAGUUAAGAUUCAGCAAAUUUUGGAUGCUGAGGCAGAAGCGGAACCCGUCAAAUCACAGCCCAGGAUCAAAACAGAGAUCCGCAAAGUGAGUACUCCCCAGAACAAGGAACCGGUUGAGCAAAGCAUAGAAUUUGAAAUCUCAAACGUCGAGGAACAAAACCGUGAUUGCGAGUAUAUGGAGGAAAGCAAAGAACAGCAUUACAUAUUGCAGCAAAAUGCGGACGAUUUGGUCAAUGGAACGACAACUUUCGUCGAGGCUAGGCCAAGGAAUCAUUUGGCCUCCCUGAAAGCGGAUAAGACAAGAGCGGAGAUCCGACAAUAUCAAAGCAAGACCAAGUUCCUGAAAACGGAAACUAAUAAUUUAAAACUCGAGCGAACGCUGACUUUGCUCCGUAUCCAGAAGCUACGUUUGGAAAUCGAUGCCCUUCGCGCUCAAAAUUAAUUUUAGCCCUAGUGUUAUGGAAAGCCCUUGUAAGUGUAAGCAUACUGACCCCUCCAAAACCUCUGUAUGGUUGCUAUGAAAUGGGAAACGUGUUUUUUACUGAACAUCGCUUAAUUAUUUGGAAAAAUUAUUUAAAAAAUAAAAAAUUUAAACAAA